UUGUGAAAAGUUGAGACUAACAGGAGGAAGUGCGGAGAGAGGAGUUAGGCUGUGCCGAGGCCGAGAAGCGAGAGGUCUCAGGUAAGCCCUGGAAAGCCCAGGUGGCUGGAGGGGAGCUGCGCGCCUGCAUGAAAGGAAGGACCUGCUGGCAAGUGCACCCUACCUGAGCCCGGAGCUCGAGCUGCCGUUCCGCAGCCCUUCCCGUGCGUAGUGGCUGGGUGGCUGCCUCUGCGCCCUGGCCAUGAGGAUCCGGAUGGCCGUGAGGUGGACUUGGGCAGGCAGGAGCUGCCUGCUACUGGCGAUUCUAACAGUGGCCUAUAUCCUGGUGGAGUUCUUGGUUUCCUCUUUCCAUGCGUCCCCAGGAACCGGCCGUGCUGGGGAGCUGGGUUCAAGACGGCUCCCGGAUCACCAGGAACAGGCAGAGGAUUUGUCUCGUCCACUUUAUGAAAAGCCCCCUGCAAAUUCCCAUGCACUUGGGGAGUGGGGGAAAGCCAGCAAACUCCAGCUCAACGAGGGUGAACUGAAGCAGCAAGAAGAACUCAUUGAGAGAUAUGCCAUCAAUAUUUACCUCAGUGACAGGAUUUCCCUGCACCGCCACAUAGAGGAUAAAAGAAUGUAUGAGUGUAAAUCCAAGAAGUUCAACUAUAGGAGACUUCCCACCACCUCAGUUAUUAUUGCUUUCUAUAAUGAAGCCUGGUCAACUCUGCUCCGCACCAUUCAUAGUGUUCUAGAAACUUCUCCUGCUGUCCUUCUGAAGGAGAUCAUCUUGGUGGAUGACUUGAGUGACAGAGUUUAUUUGAAGACACAGCUUGAGACUUACAUCAGCAAUCUCGAGAGAGUUCGCUUGAUUAGAACAAAUAAGCGAGAGGGACUGGUUAGGGCCCGCCUCAUUGGUGCCACUUUUGCCACUGGGGAUGUCCUCACUUUCCUGGAUUGUCACUGUGAGUGUAAUUCUGGUUGGUUGGAACCACUUUUGGAAAGGAUUGGUAGAGAUGAAACAGCAGUUGUCUGUCCUGUCAUAGACACAAUCGAUUGGAAUACUUUUGAAUUCUACAUGCAAACCGGGGAGCCCAUGAUUGGUGGGUUUGACUGGCGUUUGACGUUUCAGUGGCAUUCUGUCCCCAAACACGAAAGGGACAGGAGGAAAUCAAGAAUUGACCCCAUCAGAUCACCCACCAUGGCUGGAGGACUGUUUGCUGUCAGUAAGAAGUAUUUUCAGUACCUCGGAACAUAUGACACAGGGAUGGAAGUCUGGGGAGGUGAAAACCUCGAGCUGUCUUUUAGGGUGUGGCAAUGUGGUGGCAAAUUGGAGAUCCACCCAUGUUCCCACGUGGGCCACGUGUUCCCCAAGCGGGCACCGUAUGCUCGUCCCAACUUCCUACAGAAUACCGCUCGGGCAGCAGAAGUGUGGAUGGACGAGUACAAAGAGCAUUUCUACAAUCGAAACCCUCCAGCAAGGAAAGAGACUUACGGUGAUAUUUCUGAAAGAAAACUAUUACGCCAACGGCUGAGAUCUACUGCUUCUUGGGACACGUUUCUCAUGCUAUGGAAUUUCAAGCCACAAGCUAGAGCUUACAGAUAUAUGGGUCACAAGGAUGUUGUAACCAGCGUGCAGUUUUCUCCACACGGAAACUUAUUGGCAUCUGCCUCACGAGACAGAACCGUUAGACUCUGGAUUCCUGAUAAGAAAGGGAAAUCCUCAGAAAUUAAAGCUCAUACAGCUCCAGUUCGAAGCGUGGACUUCUCAACCGAUGGCCAGUAUUUAGCGACAGCUUCUGAAGACAAAUCUAUCAAAGUGUGGAGCAUGUAUCGCCAGCGUUUCUUAUACUCCCUGUACCGACACACACACUGGGUGCGCUGUGCCAAAUUUUCACCUGAUGGACGAUUAAUUGUUUCAUGUAGUGAGGACAAAACUAUUAAAAUCUGGGACACCACAAACAAGCAGUGUGUUAAUAACUUCUCAGACUCCGUGGGAUUCGCAAAUUAUGUGGAUUUUAACCCUAAUGGUACAUGCAUAGCUUCGGCAGGUUCUGAUCAAACCGUGAAAAUUUGGGAUAUAAGAUUGAACAAAUUGCUCCAGCAUUAUCAAGUUCACAGCGGUGGAGUUAAUUAUCUAUCGUUCCAUCCUUCGGGCAACUUCCUCAUCUCUGCUGCUUCCGAUGGUACACUGAAGAUUCUGGAUCUCUUAGAAGGAAGGCUCAUAUAUACACUUCAAGGACAUACGGGACCGGUGUUUACUGUUUCAUUUUCAAAAGGAGGAGAGCUGUUUGCAUCAGGAGGUGCAGACACACAGGUCUUAUUAUGGAGGACUAACUUCGAUGACUUGCCUUCUAAAGAUCUUAAUAAAAGAAAUCUCAAAAGAUUACAUUUUGAUUCACCACCACAUCUCCUUGACAUCUACCCAAGAACACCACACCCCCACGAGGGAAAGAUUGAGACUGUCGAAAUUAAUCCAAAGCUUGAGGUAAUCGAUAUGCAGAGCUCUACUCCCCCUGUUGUGGAUAUCUGUUCUUUUGAUUCUACCACAACUACAGAAACCACUGGCAAAACCCUGCCAGACAAGACUGAGGAGCUCUGUGGCUAUUUCUUGAACCCUUCCUUAAUGUUAUCAGAAUGCUCACCAACCACCAUGAAAAAGAAAACAGAAGACAUGAGUGACCUCCCCUCGGACAGCCAGAAAAGCAUCCCUCUUGCCGUGACUGAUGCUUUAGAGCAUAUCAUGGACCAGCUCAAUGUUUUGACACAGACUGUUUCAAUCCUGGAGCAGCGGCUGACUUUGACAGAGGAUAAGCUGAAAGACUGCCUUGAAAACCAGCAAAAGCUUUUCAGUGCUGUCCAGCAGAAAAGUUGAAUAGAAAAGUCUGAGCAGAGACAGGCUAAGUGACCACAUUUACAUGUACUCAGGAGGCGGGUACAAGACGCUCCUCGCAACACAACCACGCGCUGAUUAUCAUGGCAUUUCUUAAAAGGGUGAGCACCUGAACAAGAGGCAGAAAAGGCAAAUCCGAGAACUAAUUUAAGCACACAAAUAAAUCAAUGCCAAAGACGAAGUUAAAUCACUGCUAUUUACGAUUGUAGUAAUAAAACGAUAAGCAUUCAAGUGA